AUGAGCUUUUGGGGGUGUCAGCUGAAGCCAGGCGCGAAGUUCGAAGUGAAGGCAGAAGAAGGAGGAGAUGUCUUACAUUUAUCGCAGGCAUGUCUGCACCAGCCAACAGCUGGGAAGAACUUCCUGCAGGUUGUGGACGGCGCAAAGUCCUAUUCUAUAGCUUGCCUGCAGAAGGACAAGAGCGAAUAUGCUUCCUUCGAUCUCUUCUUCCGCACUGGAACGUGCUCCUUCCACAACAAGGGCAGUAGCGAGAUGCACCUGACCGGUUACUUUGAACCGGAUGGUAUGCCAGAUGACGAUGAGGAGGAGGAAGAAGAGGAGGAGGAGGAUGAAGAGGAGGCAAAGGCCUCCACCGAAGAAGCUGAAGAAGAAGUGAGUGCCAACGUGCCACUUCAAGCUCGCAGACUGAGGCCUUCCGUGCAGGCACCAGGCAGUCCCCAGACUAAGCAGUUGCCGUGGCUUCGUUGGCUUCAGUCUCUUAUUUUCGGCAGUGACGCCGCGGUGCGUCCGUCGGAGAUCAUUUCACCCAGUAGCUUGAGGGGAGACUCAUGUCAGGGAACAUUUGACUCCACAAUAAGAUCUUUCGCCAUGACGCUGCUCGUUUGCGCAAGUCUUGAUGCCAGCAGCCGAAGCAGAAGCGUGGUCGCAUGA